AUGCGCUGGGACUUAGAUCUAGUCAACAGCACCAUUGCUUCUGCAUCUACUGUCAGCACCAUCACUUCUGCAUCUAUUGUCAUCACCAUCGCUUCUGCAUCUACUGUCAGCACCAUCACUUCUGCAUCUACUGUCAGCACCAUCAUUUAUGCAUCUACUGUCAGCACCAUCACUUCUGCAUCUACUGUCAGCACCAUCACUUAUGUAUCUACUGUCAGCACCAUCGCUUCUGUAUUUACUGUCAGCACCAUCACUUAUGCAUCUACUGUCAGCACCAUCGCUUCUGCAUCUACUGUCAGCACCAUCACUUGUGCAUCUACUGUCAGCACCAUCACUUGUGCAUCUACUGUCAGCACCAUCACUUGUGCAUCUACUGUCAGCACCAUCACUUCUGCAUCUACUGUCAGCACCAUCACUUGUGCAUCUACUGUCAGCACCAUCACUUCUGCAUCUACUGUCAGCACCAUCACUUGUGCAUCUACUGUCAGCACCAUCACUUGUGCAUCUACUGUCAGCACCAUCACUUGUGCAUCUACUGUCAGCACCAUCACUUCUGCAUCUACUGUCAGCACCAUCACUUGUGCAUCUACUGUCAGCACCAUCACCUGUGCAUCUACUGUCAGCACCAUCACUUCUGCAUCUACUGUCAGCACCAUCACUUGUGCAUCUACUGUCAGCAUCAUCACUUGUGCAUCUACUGUCAGCACCAUCACUUGUGCAUCUACUGUCAGCCCCAUCACUUCUGCAUCUACUGUCAGCACCAUCACUUCUGUAUCUACUGUCAGCACCAUCAUUUGUGCAUCUACUGUCAGCACCAUCACUUCUGCAUCUACUGUCAGCACCAUCACUUGUGCAUCUACUGUCAGCACCAUCACUUGUGCAUCUACUGUCAGCACCAUCGCUUCUGUAUCUACUGUCAGCACCAUCACUUGUGCAUCUAUUGUCAGCACCAUCACUUCUGUAUCUACUGUCAGCACCAUCACUUCUGUAUCUACUGUCAGCACCAUCACUUCUGUAUCUACUGUCAGCACCAUCGCUUCUGCAUCUACUGUCAGCACCAUCACUUCUGUAUCUACUGUCAGCUCCAUCAUUUGUGCAUCUACUGUCAGCACCAUCGCUUCUGUAUCUACUGUCAGCACCAUCACUUGUGCAUCUACUGUCAGCACCAUCGCUUCUGUAUCUACUGUCAGCACCAUCACUUGUGCAUCUACUGUCAGCACCAUCGCUUCUGUAUCUACUGUCAGCACCAUCACUUGUGCAUCUAUUGUCAGCACCAUCACUUCUGUAUCUACUGUCAGCACCAUCACUUCUGCAUCUACUGUCAGCACCAUCACUUCUGCAUCUACUGUCAGCACCAUCACUUGUGCAUCUACUGUCAGCACCAUCGCUUCUGCAUCUACUGUCAUCACCAUCACUUCUGUAUCUACUGUCAGCACCAUCGCUUUUGUAUCUACUGUCAGCACCAUCACUUCUGCAUCUACUGUCAGCACCAUCACUUCUGCAUCUACUGUCAGCACCAUCGCUUCUGCAUCUACUGUCAGCAGCUCUGCACCUCAUUGCAUACAGUUGAUAAGAAUGUCAGCUGGACGCCAACGGCUACUUAAACUUAGUUUUUAA